AUGGCGCAACACGACGAACGCAUCCUGGCGGCUGCCCAGAAGCAUGCCAUUGUUCCCUUGGAGAAGGGGCAGCUCUACAAGUACGGCACCGCGGGGUUCCGCAUGAAGGCUGACCUGCUCGAGGGCGUCACCUUCCGUGUCGGCUUGCUUGCUGCUUUGCGCAGUCGCAAGCUCAACUCCCAGACUAUUGGUGUUAUGAUCACCGCCUCCCACAACCCCGCCGUCGACAAUGGCGUCAAGAUCGUUGAUCCCAUGGGCGAGAUGCUCGAGCAGGACUGGGAGCGCCUCGCGACCAACCUCGUCAACGCCCCUACCCCCGAAGAUCUUGUCCAGUACUACAAUCAGCUUGCGACCGAGCUCAAGAUCGACUUGAGCGCCCCCGCGAAGGUCAUCUAUGGCCGCGAUACCAGACCGUCCGGUCACACGCUCGUCACCGCCCUUGCCGCUGCCUUGGACGCGACCGAAACCGAGCAUGUCGACUAUAAGAUCCUGACUACCCCUCAGCUGCACUACUUGGUCCGCGCUACCAACACCGAAGGCACCCCCACCUCGUACGGCGAGGUUAGCGAAGUCGGAUACUACAAGAAAAUAGCCGAUGCUUUCGUUUGCGCCUUGAAGGGCAGAAGAAUCAACGGCCCCUUGGUCGUCGAUUGCGCCAACGGUGUCGGAGGCCCCAAGCUCGCCGAGUUCCUCAAAUAUGUUCCCAAGGACAAGGUCAACUGGGAGGUCAAGAUUGUUAACGACGACGUUCUGCGCCCCGAAGUCCUCAACCUCGACUCCGGUGCGGAUUUCGUCAAGACCAAGCAACGCGCUCCCCCCAAGCCCGCACCCCAGCCCGGUGUCAGGACCUGCUCCCUCGAUGGCGAUGCCGACCGCCUGAUCUACUACUGGGUGGACCCUGAUACCGGCUUCUUCAUGCUUGACGGCGACCGCAUCUCAUCGCUUGCUGCCUCAUUCAUCGGCGACCUCGUUCAGAGCGCCGGUCUGCAGGAUGAGCUCCGCAUUGGUGUUGUCCAGACCGCCUAUGCCAACGGUGCCAGCACCAACUACAUUAGCUCCCACCUCAAGCUUCCCGUCAUGUGCACUCCCACUGGGGUCAAGCACCUUCACCACGUCGCCCAGAGCUUCGAUAUCGGUGUUUACUUCGAGGCCAACGGUCACGGCACCCAGGAUGCUCUCACCACCCUUGCCGCGCUCAGCGACCUGAUCAACCAGACCGUCGGUGACGCCAUCUCCGACAUGCUCCUCGUUGAGGUCAUCCUGGCGCACAAGAACUGGACCCUUCGGGACUGGGCCAUGACUUACAACGAUCUUCCCAACAGGCUCGUUCGCGUCGUUGUCGGCAACAAGGAUCUCUUCCAGACCACCGAUGCCGAGCGUCGCCUGUCUCACCCUGAAGGUGCCCAGGAGCAAAUCGACGCCGCCGUCAAGAAGUACAAGGAUGCCCGCGCCUUUGCCCGCGCCAGUGGUACCGAGAACGCCUGCCGUGUGUACGCCGAGGCGGCCACCAACAGUGAGGCCACGGAGCUCGCCAAGCAGGUUGCGCAGAUUAUUGAGCGAUUCGGCGGAAACAGCCAGUAG